GGGAUCAAUUUUGACCACAUCUGGCAGAAGACACUAACGGUGCUACACCCAUUAAAGGUAGCGGAUGGCAGCAUCAUGAAUGAGACGGAUUUGGCCGGACCAAUGGUCUUCUGCCUAGCUUUUGGAGCCACGUUAUUACUGGCUGGUAAAAUUCAGUUUGGUUACGUGUAUGGGAUAAGUGCAAUCGGAUGUUUAGGGAUGUUUUGUCUCCUGAACUUGAUGAGCAUGACGGGCGUCUCCUUCGGCUGCGUCGCCAGCGUCCUUGGGUACUGUCUCCUGCCGAUGAUCCUGCUUUCCACUUUUGCAAUUGUAUUUUCGUUACAGGGAAUGAUGGGGAUUAUUCUCACGGCCGGAAUCAUUGGCUGGUGCAGCUUUUCUGCUUCCAAAAUCUUUAUUUCUGCCUUAGCCAUGGAGGGACAGCAGCUUCUCGUAGCAUACCCCUGUGCGUUACUGUACGGAGUCUUUGCUCUCAUCUCUGUGUUUUGAGUGACUCUUGGACUCAGUGGGCCAAAAUGAAGACAUCGACUGGGAACAUUCAGUUGGACCAGAAACAGCUGCAAACCUGU